GUAAUUAGGGACAGCCUCGGCGUGUAUAAACGUCACUUGCAGCAUUCAUGCUUCCACUGCACUUUGCAAGUACGGAAUUAACUUAUGAAGUCGCACUCAGUCGUCAGUGCAUUACUCUGUCCUCUGUCCGGCUUCUCAUCUGUUGACUUCAGGAUCGUCUCCCUUCUGUCAUCCAGCCACAUCGUUGACAGGGAAAACAUGUUCUAAUGACUGUCAUCGGAAAAUAGACGUGACAAACAGGAAUAGAACCUAUGCAUUUAAAUGAUCAUCUUGGCUGUUCACAUGCAAAAUUAUUAAACUCACACUGAGCUUAUAGGAUGGAGAACAAGGCCAUGUACUUGAGCACCUAUCAGGACCGGGACAACGGCUCGUUCUACGAGGAGGCCUACGACGGACGGAACCUCUCCAAACUCAACCUGUGCGAAGAGUCCUGUUCUACAAAGAGGAGAAAGGGAGAUAGCUGUUGUGGCCACCUCAACUCCCUGUCGGCCAUCAAAUAUGCCAUCGUGUCAUUGUACAUCCUGGUCCUCUUGAGCAUCCUGGGCCUCUGCAUAGCAGUGUCCAGAUCUCAGGUGUCCUCGGAGAAGCAGGAGGCCCUGAUGGAGAACAUGACCAGGCUGGGCGAGCGCUCCCGAGACCUCCAGGAGUCCGUGGGCCAGCUCUCGUCGCAGGGCGACCUGCUGGAGAACAUCUGGAAGCUGGAGAGCCUCUUCCAGAACCACACGGAGACGCUGGAGCAGCUGAGCCGCGCCAUGCAGGGCCUGGAGCGGGACGUGCGCGGCCUGCAGGAGCACGCGGUCCGGACGGACGACGCGGUGGAGCGGCUCGGCCGCCGGCUGGAGGUCACGUCGGGCCCGAGGAACGGCAGCGCCGUCGGCGGCGGGAGCGUGGAGGCUCAGCUGGCCCACGCCGCCAGCCUGCUGCAGGCCCAGGACGCCCUGAUCCACGAGACGUCGCAGCGCGUGGACCAGCUGCGGGAGCGCGUGGAGGACGUCGGGUGGAUGGUGGGCGCCGUCAACCACACCUUCACCGGCGAGGUCAGCGUCCACCGCACCAAGAUCCAGGACCUGCAGGUGCAGAUCAGCAACGUGACGCACGACACGCUCACCAUGAAGGUCAUGCAGGUGCACCUGGAGGACCAGAUGAGGAACGAGUUCGAGAUCCUCAACGUCAUCACGGAGGACCUGAGGCUCAAGGACUGGGAGCACUCGGUCGCCCUCAAGAACAUCACGUUAAUAGAAGGACCAAUGGGACCAAAGGGAGAGAAGGGUGAUGACGGCUCUCUGGGCCCAGUCGGUCCACCUGGCCUGAGUGGACUAAGAGGCGUGGAGGGAGAGAAGGGCAUCCAGGGUCCCCGCGGGCUGAAGGGAGCCGGUGGCCUGGACGGCGUCGACGGCCAGAAAGGAGAUAUGGGGCUGGAGGGGCCCAAAGGUCAGAGGGGAGAGAGGGGGCCCAAAGGAGACAAAGGAGACCGCGGCGACAGAGCCGGGGAGAGAACAGUGGAGGGGACGUUGGUCAGGCUGGUGAACGGCUCCGGUCUUCACGAGGGCCGAGUGGAGGUAUUCCACGAGCGGCGCUGGGGCACCAUAUGUGACGACGUCUGGGACAAGAAGGACGGGGACGUGGUGUGCAGGAUGCUGGGCUUCCGAGGAGCCAAGGAGGUCCACAAGACCGGACGCUUUGGCCAGGGCACCGGGCUCAUUUGGAUGGACGACGUGGCCUGCGUUGGCACGGAGGACACCAUUCACCAGUGCAAGUUCUCCGGGUGGGGCCGGACCAACUGUGGCCAUGUGGAAGAUGCGGGGGUGACGUGUAACACCUAAAAGCAGCAUCCACCCCCCUGCACCACCACCACCACUGCCGACGCCCCGUGAAACCCCCCCCCCUCCACUCACCUCGCCUUGCUCCCCCCUCCUACGUGUUUUUGGAAAGGCCAGAAUGAACUAACUUGUUAUGUGGCAGGAGCGUGACUUGACAGCCCAGGGCGAGGCGCAUCAAAGACGCCCCGCACUUCCUGGUCCGCGCCGCGCGAAUCGAUAUGACAGCUUCGAGAAAAGCGUUCACCGACAACAGGGCCCCGCCGGGGGACCUCUGGGUCAGCUAUUGUCUUUGGACAGAGUCGGUGUCGCCAUUGGCUGGCACAACCAAAAAAUGCAACACAAAAAAACCUGAGUCUCUUGCCAAGAAGAUCCGACCAAAAUAAUGGGCAGUAACACACGGUGACCCGGUUGGGGAUAGAAGCCAGCGUCACAAAGGGGGCCGAGUGGGAACAAGCGCCGUGCAUGGCUAAUGGAUGUGAGCUUCAGAGAGCUGUGUGUGUGUGUGUGUGUGUGUGUGUGUGUGUGUGUGUGUGUGUGUG